AUGGACGAAGAAUUGCUAAUAUCAUUAGUGUCCCAGUAUAAGGAACUGUACGACACGGGAGAUGCGAGGUACCACGACGAAGAGAGGAGAAACAAUAUACCGCAAGAAAUUGCAGAUUUAAUGAAAUUAAGGGCAUCCGAAUAUCGGGACCGCUGGAAAAGGCUAAGAGACAACUUUAGGCGCGCAAAAAAUUUACGAAAAACCAAGAGUGGACAAGCCGCUACAAAGAAUAAGCCUAUUAAAUAUGAGAAAGAAAUGCAAUUUCUAACUUGUUAUUUGGAAACUCAGGAAAAAUGUUUAACAAACAUUUCGAGACAGUCGAGUGAUGAUGAAGAAGGUGUGCUUGAUAACAUGUCGCCACCAUCUACACCAGGGUCCCAAUGCCAAAUGAGUUCCAAUUCAACUGCUUCAUGUUCAAAAAAAAAGAAAGUACAGGACGAAUAUGGCCAGUCCUCAACCUCGGCAAAAACACUGUUUCAGUCCUAUAUUAAGAAAAAGUAUGACCAACCUCGCCAAGAACCUGACACAGUUGUUGACUUUUUUACUAAUUUGGGGCGUACAGUGAAAACUUUUCCUGAAGACAUCCAAAUUCGUGUGAAAGGUUCCAUCUUUAAAAUUAUAAAUGACGCUGAAUUGGAAAUGUAUAUGUAUAUAUUUAAAUGUAUGUAA